AUGGAGGUAAUAUUUUCUGCUGCUAUGGGUGAGCUUGCCAGUAGAUCCAUAUCUUUCCUGGUGGACAGAUACCUGAAGCAGCGGACAGCGGCGACAAGCGUGGAGGAGAGGCUGCACAGCCUGCAACGGCUGCUACUGCGGCUUCAUGUCGUCGUCGAGGAGGCAGAUGACCGGCUCAUAACAAACCAGGCCAUGCUGCAUCACCUCAGCAUACUGAGACAGGAGAUGUACAGGGGCUAUUACACCCUCGACAUCUUCAGUUGCCGAGCCCAUGAAGAUGACAGGACAAAAGAUUACUCUUUUGCCCCAUCUAAGUUCAACCCUGCAAAGCGUGUAUGUUUCUGCAGUGGCAACAGUGAAGGUGCAGCACAAGCUGAGCUGCUGGAGAAAGUUCUUGGCAGCAUGCAGAAGACCAUUGAAGAUGUGAAAACUGCUAAUGGCGCUGCUGAUCAUUUGGCUGUCUUGCCAAUCGUUGGUCCUAGGAAAGUUGGAAAGAGCACCCUGGUCGAGCAUGUAUGCAACGACGAAAGGGUGCGCAACCACUUCUCUCAAAUUUUGUUUUUCAAUGGAGAUGUUCUUAAAGAUGCAAGUGUAGAGACUCUAAGAGAUGGAGGUAGAAUCAAGCAUCAAAACCGUGGCAUCAGCGGUGGAAGGACACUGAUCAUCAUUGAGCUAUUUCUGGACAUCGACAAGUCUGAAUGGAAGAGUUUGUAUUCAGCUGCAAAAAGUCGCAUCACGAGCGGAAGUAAGAUGAUAAUUGUGAGCCGCUCCGACAAGAUCGCAAGGUUUGGAACCACAGAACCCAUCAGAUUACAGUUCUUAACUCAGGAAGCAUACUGGUACUUCUUCAAGGUGCGUUCCUUUGGGAGCGCGAGAGCAGAGGACCACCCGAAGCUCGCAUCAAUGGCCAUGGAGAUGGCCAAUUUGACGAGUGGGUGCUUCAUGUCUGCAAACAUCAUCAGUGGAAUACUGAAAGCAAAUUUUAACCCCCAUUUCUGGAGCAUGGCCCUUGCAGCCCUCAGAAAUUUGAAGACGACAAAUAUCUCAGUGUAUGGGGAUCGUUUCACUCUUCCAUGGCAGAUGGUGGAGCCAACAUAUCUCAGGAGGGUGAAUAAAAGUUCUUCUGAAUGUGUCGUGUUGUUUCUUGACUACGAGACAUGUUCUGCUGAAACUGGACAUGAAGCUCUCAGGAUGAUGAGCGCGCAAGAUCUUCUCUUUGGUAGUGUCAGGCUUCGAGGGAAAUUCAAGGUCCAUGCAUGGACAUCCCACCUGCCGCCUCACUACAGCUACAUCGUUCACUGUGAGGUACAAAGGCCACGUCGCAUGGUCACAAGUAACAAGUGUUUUCAGAAGAGUAGUGGCUGAUUAAAUUGUCUAGUCUUUUAUCCAACACUCGAAGGUCAUGCAUGGUUCGCAGAAACUUGAAGAGAAGCAAGCAGAGUAGGUAAAGGUUGUGAGCUGAGAGCCUGAGACUGUUCUCCUUUCUGAAAUACCAUAUUUUCUCUUCUUUUUGGACCGCUCUGAAGUAGUACAAAUUUCACUGUUAUUUUUUAUAUCCCAACUGUAAGUAAUAAGCAAUUAGGCAA